GACGUUUCUGCACUUCGCCCCGGAGGCAUUCCGACUUGGAACCUCCUGCGCUCACCAGUCGUGGUUUCAAGGAGCACGACUUUCGAACAGGUCGCCGUCUUCAUUCACGAAGGUCUCGAAAUUAUGCAACGACACAAAGGACAGUUUGGAAAGACUAUGAAGGAUUUUAAGGCUUUCAUCGAGACCAACAAGGAAUUCUUGAAGGAAAUCGAAGAACUCGCAGAGAGAGUCGAAGCAUUCUCGAUGAAGUUUGAUAUUCCUGGGGACGGAGAGUUUUGA